UUCAACUGCCGACUGAGUCGCACAAACCGACCGCCACCCAAGUUUUCAUCUCCCUUAGACAACAAAUUUGUCGAAUACUCAAAGUCAAUUGUGGAGUGUAGAUAUGCUGAAAGCCAGGAUCUAAUUAGUGCCCGAUACGUAGUGUGAGACUUGUUAUUGGACGUAAAUAAUUUGUAUGAAAACAACUGAGCAUUCUUUAUAAAUUCAAGAUGGAAUCACGUCUUCCGAAACCCAAGAUAAACCUCUCGAAGUCUGCCAUAACUUCAGACCAGGUCUCCAAGCUGUCCUCCUUAAGACCGAACACUGGAGGUCCGCCCUCCCACUCAGUCAGCACGACCGACGUUUCCAAGGCCCCGGAGUUCAAGGUCCCCAAGGAGGUCCCCCCAGCCCGCGCCACGACAACCCUAAAAUCCCUAGGAAAGCAAAAAACCACGAUGGGCCUCACGAAGGUCACCAACGAGAACAAGCCCCCAAUAAAGUCCUCCCUCCGUCGUUCCCGAACCCUGGGGACAAUAACAAGAACAACAACUGCUGUGAAAGCAGGAGUGAAACGUCCAGGCACCCUGACCAGCACGAUUGAGUCCAAGCGCCCCAACAUUCGGCCGCUCCCCAAGGCGGGCCCCUCCACGACGACCUCAGGAGUCUCGGGAAAAUCCCUGCGUCCCACUGCAGCCUCCAAAGCCCCUCCAAAACCCAGCAAAUGGGACUGGAAGGGAAAAUACGGUCUCGCUGCGGAGGAACUAACUUCCCUAAAAGAAAAACUCAAGAACGUUUCGGAAGAGAACGAAGAGCUUCGAUCCAUCACUGACGAUCUGAAGGAACGCGAGUGCAAGAGCAGCACCAAAGCCCAACUCCUGGAGGAGACCAACGAAGAGCUCUCGAAGGAGCUGUCAGAAACCAAGAGAACCUUCACUGACCUUCAAACAAAAGCCGAUAAACUCGAGUUCGAUCUUCACAAAUCCCAGGAGAACUACAAAACCGUUUCCGAGAGUUUGAGAGAAUGCGAGGAGAGCUACAGGAGUUUGAAGCAAGAGCUCUCAAUUAGCUCAUCGAAAUUAGAACGAGUUGAGUCAGAUUUAUCCGCGAAAAUCCAGACGAUAGCUGUGUUAAAUGAUCGCAUGAGGGAGCUGCAGGAGCUGCUGCACCAGAUGGAUAAGGAUCGUCGAGUUCUGCACAAUUACAUUCAGGAGAUGAAGGGGAACAUCAGAGUCUUCUGCAGAGUGCGUCCUAGGAUUUCGAAGGAGUAUGGCAAGACACUUUGCUCCAUAAACUACGUGGACGAGUGCACGAUUGAGGUUGGGAGGGCUGACGGGUCUGACAGCAUGAGCUGCAGUGGCAAGUCGAGGGGAACGAAGCAGGAGUUCACAUUCGAUAAGAUUUUCCCUCCCAAUGCUUCUCAGGCCGACGUCUUCGAGGAGCUUUCACUGCUGGUGCAGUCAGCCCUGGAGGGCUACAAUGUCUGUGUCUUUGCUUAUGGACAGACAGGAUCGGGGAAGACGUACACCAUGGAGGGGGUGUGCAAUCCCAAUCUUGAGGGCAUGAUCCCCCGAACUGUUCGUCAUAUCUUCGAGGAGAUGAAGGAGUUCGAGUUGCUUGGGUGGGAGUACAAGAUUGAAGCCAGCUUCCUGGAGAUUUAUAACGAGCACAUUGUCGAUCUGCUUGAUGCCAAUCAGAAGACCCACGAGAUCAGAAUGGUGGACAGCAAGGGAACGGAUUUGUACGUUACCAAUCUGCAGGUGGAGGAGAUUCACAGUCCUGAGGAGUUGCAUCAGUGCUUGAGGACUGCUCAGCAGAACAGGGCUGUUGCUGCGACAAUCGCUAAUGAGAGGUCCUCGAGGUCUCAUUCGGUGGCGAGGAUCAGGCUCAUUGGGACUCAUACUGAGAAGGAGGAGAUUUGUAUUGGGAAUCUUAAUCUUGUGGAUCUCGCUGGCUCGGAGAGGCUGAAGAACGAAGAGGCUGCCAGGACUGCUGAGACGAAGAACAUUAAUAAGAGUCUUGCUAAUCUGGGGAAUGUCAUAUUGGCACUGUUGAGGAAGCAGGAGCACAUUCCGUACAGGAACUCCAAGCUUACUCAUCUGCUUAUGCCGUCACUUGGGGGCAACUCCAAGACCCUUAUGUUGCUUAAUAUUUCACCGCUUGAUGAGUGCUAUAAUGAGACACUCAAUUCUUUGAGAUUUGCGAGUAAUGUUAAUAAUUGCAAGCUUGGGAAUAUCAAACGAUCCAAGACUUUUAUACAGAAUUCUGGGAAUUACUUUGAUAAAUCGAUAGAUUUCUUGGUCGUAAGUUUCGUAGGGCUGAACGCUGCAUUUGUCUUCGGGAUCAUAUUCGAGGAGGCCCUUCGCUCCGGAGGUCGAGAAAUGUCAGUGGAUAAUCCCUCGAGGAUACCGAGGAAGCAUUGCCAGUGUGCCCAUCACAAAAUCACGAUCCCCUGUCCUGCUACUGCUGAUCCAAAAUUGAAGCCCAAAUGUUGUCAUUGCAAGAAGAACCGCCCGGAUAGACCGAAAUCUUCGGAGAAACACUUCGCAGCCCUUGAUGGGUCCAUGGCAGGUGAGCCGCAUGUGAGUAACCCCGGAAUUGCUGAGAAUGCGGUUUCUUCUGGCAAAGUUACAUUCGACGAACUGCAAAAGGGAUUUUUCGGCGAAAAACAUAAAGUCGAAGAGUUGGAGAAAAAUUUAAAUACCCUGAGGAGUGAAAAUGAAACUCUGGAGAGGAGCAGAGCUGAUUCGGUGGCCCAGGUGUCUUCUCUUCAAGAGCAACUUUCGAAACUCACGACUGAGAAUAAAUCCACAAAAAGCGAAUGCGAGGAUUUGAAGGAACAAAUUUCAAAACUUACGACUGAGAAUAACUCCAUAACACGUGAAUGUGAGGAUUUGAACGAGAAAAUCUCGAACCUCACGACUGAGAACAAAUCCAUAAAACGUGAGUGCGAGGGUUUGAAGGAGAAAAUCUCGGAACUGACGACUGAGAAUAAAUCCCUGAGACGUCAAAGUGAGGACUUGACGGGUAAAUUGAGGUCUGUGGAGGACAAGGAGGAGAGGAGGAAUUCCGAAAUCGCUAACGAGGUCCAGAAAUGGAGGAACAUCAUUAGGGAGACGGAAAAUUCAUUGAGUAAUGAGAAAAAUGAAUUGAACACAAGAAUUUUGGAAUUGACCAACACAGUGAAGCAACAGAAGAAGAAGAUAUCUGAGUUGACGAGCAUUUGUGCCAAGCAGAAAUCUAAGUUCGAGGAAAGUGAGAAGAAACUCUCUUCUAAGACUACAGAAUUAUCCGACACCGAUAAAAGAUUGAAAUCCAAGUGCUGUGAAUGUAAAGAUCUUCAAGAGGAAAUAGAGAAUCUGAAGCGUUGUUUAAACGAAGAAUCAAAAGCUGUGGAUAAUUUCAAGAAAGAAAUGGACCAAUGUAAAGAUGACUGCAGAUGUGAAUUAUUGAUGAAGGAGAAAAUCAUUGACAAUCAGAAUGAAACGAUUAACAGAUUGAAAACCAUCCUCCAUAAUAACGAAAAAAUAUCUCAGCAAGCAGCUCGAGAGUACGAGUCCUUAUCCGAUGAACUAUACUCAAUAAGAAAAGAAAACAACGAAUUAAAAAUGGCUCUAGAAGAAAUAGCCCAGAACUUCGAAUCAAAAAAAUCGAAAAAAUGUAAUCAAUGUCAAGUUCUAGAAGAAAAACUCGAUGUUCUCUCCGAGAAGAAGCAACAGGCUCUAAUAGCUGCCAGAUACACAGCAAAAAAACUAUGCGAGACGACAGAUGAAUUCCAAUUCCAACUGAACUCCGAAAUACAACAGCACGAAUUUUUAAUGUCUAUCGUGAACCAGAAAGAGCAAGAAAUUGAAUGUCUCAAGAAAGAAAUACACUACUUGAGAUUGUGCAAAUAAGUACCAAUAAUACGA